CAGCGGUCUUCGCCCGCACAAUGGCGGCGAUGGAUAGUAUAUAUCUGCUAUAUCAACCCGCCGAGUGGAUUCGCAACCACUUUCCUUCAGCUAGCGACUGCAGCCAUGUCUCCCCCGGAUAACGACGUGGCCCGCCGCGUUCUGCGCAAGAUCGACCGGCAGCUGAUUCCCCUGCUGUUUGUGACGUACGCGUUCAACUUCAUGGACAAGACGAUCCUGUCCAGUGCGUCUGUCUUUGGGUUGCUGGAAGAUAAUGUCAGUUGUCAGUUUGCUGGAGUGAGUAUACACAUUUCUUUCUGCUAA